AUGCCUGAUGACGGCGUAGUAUUUACGCUACUCCUGCCCGUUAUCACCGAGGUUUCCGAAAUAUUGAAGACAUUCAUAUCUUCACAGGAUGCCCCAGUUAUUCUCCAAGAAAUGCUCGAUGAAGUCCGUGUAUUCCAGCACCUCCUGCAGGACCUAAGCCCGGAGAGCGUCGGUACCUCCCAUGCCUCGCAGUUAUACCUAGACAACAUUCUGUACACUUCCUUGUAUAUUUCUCUUAGCCUGUGGUGUUUCCUGUGGACCUUUUCGCGGUUGGGGGGGAGUCUUGAUCGCGUCGUGGUGCGGAAGGAAGUAGGACAAUCGAGCGGGGCGUUGGUAGAGGGCAACCUUGCUCAACUGCUCGAGCAUAUUAAGCAGCAAAAGGAGGCCCUGGUACUAGUUGUAACUAUAGUGUCGAGAUAUGCAAGGACUUUGCAGAAGCAGAAGUCGCAACUCGUGCUUUGGGGCGUCUUUUGGUCUGCCGCAUUCACACAAAACCACUUCCCUGAAGCCAUCGACCUUUCAUUAGAGACAAGUAGAACCACGCACAAAGAACUUCUGGCCAUCCUUCUACAAUAUGCCACUAUUGUGCGCAAGACUCUACGUAUGUUGUUUUACGGCGCAAGGGCCCAAAUGGCUCCCCCGUCGAUCGUGAGAUUUAUACUUCCCGAGGUUCAAAAGCUACGUCGUGCCUUCAAGAAGCUUUACCUUUCUUGCCACAGUGCUACCUGCGUUGCAUUCCAAUCAAAAAUUACCCAGGUUGAUAAGAAUCAUCGCGAUCUCUUCAUCCUAUCCAGUUGUGGUGUUACCCUAUCAUAUGCGAUUGUCCUCUUGCGUCAAUUGCCCGAGCUCAAUACACACCAAAUCGCAUACCGGACAGUACUGGGGUGGCGAACAGUACUCAAGUGGCGAACAGUCAGCCAGGGUCUAUCCGAUGUUCUGGUUCGUAUAGAGAAUGAUACUGCGCGAAUCAUGGGGGUGACUGCAUCAUACGCCCAAAGCGACAUCAAUUCGUCUGACCCACAGCUGCAUGGCUUUCCCCUACUUAUUGCGGUAGCCGGAGGAGAUGUGACAAAGGUUCAGACCCUUCCUAGUCAUGGGGCCGAAAUCAAUCAAUGCCAUCCUAUGUCCGGGGACUACGCAUUACAGAUUGCUACCACCAAUGGAUCUGAGGAUGUGACUGGCGACUUCAUUGUUAAGAGCGCCAUCAUCGGGGGAAAUGCGGGAGUUAUUACUAGGCUUCAUGAAACCGAGUCCAGCUUAAUCAGCAUAGACAGUGAACUCAAUGCUUUGAGCUUCGCCAUCGAGCUAAACAAAGAGUCCAUUGUGGACCUAUUUCUCGAUACGUCUCUGGUUGGAAGAGGCGAAGUUGAUCAGACCCAGUUAAUCGCCGCUUUACAUCACGCAAUCCUUUACCAGCAUGAAAACAUUAUCGCCAACGUACUAAAACGAGGUGCUUUGCCGGACGAGACCGCAAUUCGCUUAGCCGGCAGAACCGGGAAGGCCGAUAUCCUCAAGCUUCUGGCAGGGGAUGACCGGGAGACGACUAAUCCUCCGUCUGGGGAAGAAACGCUACCACGCAUCGGAGUCGAGUGUGGGGAUAUCAAAGCCGUGCGGGAGCUGGUUGGUGCGGGCGCCGAUAUCAAUGAAACGACAUCCGAUGGAGAAACCUCGGAAGCUCUGGCCCGUCGUGGUAAACACAAGGAGAUUCAGAUCUCCUCCGAGAGGGGACUACGGGUGAGUGAUACGUCUUCAUAG